GACCUGCUUCUUUCCUUCUGUUCUUCCUGUCUCUAGUAGUUCCCGCAGUCGGCCCCAGCGUUGCUCCUGGUGUGGGUCCUGGGGGGCUGGGGGGUGGCCAGGCCCUGCGACGGUCCCCCAGCAUGGAGCCCAGUCUGGAGGACAGUCCCAGCAAGGUUCCAAAGAGCUGGAGCUUCGGAGAACGUAGCAGAACCAGACAGGCCUUCAGGAUCCGAGGAGCUGCCUCCCGCCAAAACUCUGAAGUGCUGAUAGAGAUGCAGGAUGAAGAGUUCAGACAGAAGAGCUCCCCAGAGGCCAGCCUGCCAGGAGAAGAUAUGGCCGACGACAACAAAAGCUGCCACUGUGAGUUCGUCCCUCAGGAUCUGACCCCGGGGUUAAAGGUCACCAUCAGAGCCAUCUGUAUCAUGCGUUUCAUGGUGUCUAAGAGGAAGUUUAAGGAGAGUCUUCGUCCUUAUGAUGUCAUGGAUGUGAUUGAACAGUAUUCAGCUGGACACCUAGACAUGCUGGCCCGCAUCAAGAACCUCCAGUCAAGGGUGGAUCAGAUAGUAGGCAGAGGAACACCAAUCGCAGAUAAGGACCGUCCCAAAGCAGCCAAUGAGGAGCUUCCUGAGGACCCUAGCAUGAUGGGACGGUUGGGGAAGGUGGAGAAGCAGGUCCUGUCCAUGGAGAGAAAGUUGGACUUCCUGGUCAACAUCUACAUCCAGCGAAUGGGAAUCCCUCAGGCUGAGACCGACGCCUAUUUUGGGUCCAAGGAGCCGGACCCUGCCCCGCCCUACCACAGUCCGGUGGAUCAGCUGGAGAAGAGCCAGUCCAUUUCCAAGAUCCUGCAGGUGUUGCCUGGUGACCACGUUGAGAAGAAUCGUUUUGUGACGAAGAUGGUCCGUUCCAGCAGCUCCACCGGACACAGGAACUACAAUGCCCCCACCUGCCCGCCCUCCACCUCCUGGCAGCCAAUCAGCUCCCAGCUCCACCAGCAGGCCCCACCACCUCCCCAGCGUAGUCAAGGCAAAACUCCAAGUCCGGUGGGUGACGGGUCACUGGUUCGACUCCCACCUCCUCCGGCUGGAGAGAGGCAGGGCGGGAACCGAUCGAACCGGCACAGCACCGGAGACCGAGGUGGGGCAGAGAGACCAGAGAGAAGAGGAGAGGGGACUGGCGGGACCGAAGGAGGACAGGAGGUGAAGCCGGACAGCGACACAUCCAUCUCCAUCCCGUCUGUAGACCAUGAGGAGCUGGAGCGCUCCUUCAGUGGCUUCUCCAUCUCCCAGUCCAGAGAAAACCUGGACUUCCUCAACAACGACUUCUACUCCUCCUCCGCCGACCUGGGAGACCACCGAGGAGGAGGACGAGGAGGAGGAGGCGGCACCUCCCGCUGCGCCAACGUCCGUCCCUACAUUGCAGAGGGGGAGUCGGACUCUGACUCGGAGCUCUGUGCCCCCUCGCCACACUCGGACCAGGCCUGGACCGGAACAAAGUAAGCUGAAGGUAAACUGGAACAGAACCAGCAGAACAGUUAAAAUAAUAAUUAGAAUGUGAAUGAAAACCAUGAAACUGUGAAAAAGGUCUUUAAAUACCAGCUGGAGCUACAGAGUGAAGCAUCAUGGGAACUGUGAAAGGCGCAAAGCACUGGGUGUCACGGUGGUUUUUACCUGACCAGCAAAUGUUUGUUCUCACUGUCACUGAUUGGAUCACUACUGGGACAUGCUCACACCUGAUUGGUUCAUGGCUGGGAGACACUCACACCUGAUUGGGUCACUGCUGGGAGACACUCACACCUGAUUGGGUCACUGCUGGGAGACACUCACACCUGAUUGGUUCAUGGCUGGGAGACACUCACACCUGAUUGAGUCACUGCUGGGAGACACUCACACCUGAUUGGUUCAUGGCUGGGAGACACUCACACCUGAUUGGUUGCUUGUUUCCACGUUUAAGACAUUUGUAAACACUAUUAUCAGCGUCACAUAACCACAACUCACGAUUGCAUAUAAUCAUCACAUUUUAAAAUCUUGACACAAAGCAUCAUGGGAACAUGCAUGACAGGCUGACGUAUCACCAUGCCAACACACUGUUGUUGUUUGUUUGAUGUCUCUAUUUCCUCUCCAGAGCUCAAACCCAAAAUCAUCCUGAGCUUUCAGCUGAAACCUGAACUUCUCUGCAGGGAGCUGUUGAACUGGCUCGAAGACAGAAGCAGAUCCGUCCAGCAGAGGACAGUCAGGAGGAUCACCAAAAUAAGUCUCUUUACUCCCUGCCCUGCCUUUCCCUUCCCUGCCACACCCUGACCCGCCCUGCCCUUCCCUGCCCUUCCCUGCCACACCCUGACCCGCCCUGCCCUUCCCUGCCCUUC